AUGUUCUGCGAGCGCUUUCUUCCCCUCUACGUGGGAAGCCGGAAGCCACCACAUAUGUAUUGCAACGACGGGAAAUGCGUGGGAAUUCGUCAGCGGACGAUAAUGCAGUGGUCGGUGAUAUUUCUCGUACUCUGCAGUUGGGUCACAGUCCUUGCGACUGGGGCGAGAGAGUCUGCAGCUUCGGAGGCAAGAGCGAAAGAGACACCAGCAUCAGCUCCAUCGACCGGAACUGCAGUGCUGGCCCACGAUACGCUGACAUCAAACAUUGCUGCGGAUCAAGAUGAUAUAGAUAAAUCUUACUACUCCACCACACCCACGGAUGCGCGCGUUUCCGAGGUGCCAGACGUCGGGACCGGCGAGUCGCCCUUGGACGCCGACGAAGCUCCCAAUCCAAAGAAAGUUGCCUCGCAGAUUCGGUUUCUCCGAGGAGCAAGAAAAACUAGCAGACGUGUCGUACUUAGCUACGCUCUGUCCGGUUGCCCACCUGAAAAACUGGAAGUGGGCCGGGCUCCUGAGCGUCAGCCGUCUCUGUAUGGGCAAGAAGCCAGCAAUCGUACGGUUAACCUCCUGAAGGAUAGGAUAUCGUCGCUACUGCAUGCAAAACAGACAAGAAAAGAGGUUGAAUCUGUUCAUUCAAAACCCCGUGAGGAGAUCCUCGGUUAUGGACAGGAUCAUCAUGUCAGUUUGAGGGUCACAGUCGAGAUGGAGACUCGAUAUUUAUCUUCUCUGCAGAUGGAAGUGAUUAAGACCAUACCAGAAGGAGUCACGGAUGAUGAGGUCAUAUCAAUCGCCCGCGAUCUACCAUGCGUCGAGAAGGCAUACCAUGACUCUUUGAAGUUUUCUGAACAGUAUUUGCGGCGCCCGGGUGCUGCCAACUCUGACAAGAGCACUGUAGAGGCGGAAGGGGUACCGUUUCUUCAUCAGCUGCAUACGACGGGGUCUGGUGUUCAUUCCCUCGACUCCCUGGGUGUGCGCGUUAUGAAAGCGUUCGAAACUGGGGGCAGUGCGCCAGCUGAUGACUCUGAUGUCCAGGUUCCUCCGAAUGAUCCAAGUUUCCGUCUCCAGUGGAACCUUCAGGAUAAGGCAGAGUUUGGUCUGCACACUGAGGGAGCCUGGCGGCUGUGGACAGGAGAAAAGCGCCCAAUGGUCAUUGCCGUGAUUGAUAGUGGCUGUGACCUUGAUCAUCCCGACCUUCGGGCAAACAAGUGGCAGAAUCCUGGUGAAAUCUGCGACGACAAUAUUGAUAACGAUGGAAACGGUUUCGUUGAUGACUGCCAUGGGUGGGAUUUUGCAUCGGAUCGUCCUGACAUCCGCUCAGAUGCCACUGGUCAUGGAACAGGAGCUGCAGGGGUCCUCGGUGCGACGACGAACAACUUGAUAGGCCUGGCUGGAGUGUGCUGGGGUUGCGAGAUCAUGUGUCUCAAAUUCAUUGGUGGUGGCCAGGGAACAGUUAGCAAUCAAGUCCAAGCUAUUGAUUACGCUGUGCGAAUGGGAGCGUGGAUCAGUAAUAACUCCUACGGCGGCUACGGGUAUUCGAACCUCGAGUUCGACGCUAUCCGGCGAGCACAGACCGCAGGACACCUGUUUGUCACUUCUGCAGGCAACCACAAUCUGAAUACGGAUCUGCCGCAGAACGACCAUACUCCUUCGAGUUAUGGCCUCUCGAACAUCUUGAGUGUCGGCGCAUCGACGCACUUCGGCAGAAAAGCAGCCUUUUCCAACUAUGGGCUGACAACGGUUCACAUUUUUGCUCCUGGAGCAGAUAUUCACACGACGGAAGGACUAUCAGGGUACUCAAAAGUCAGUGGGACCUCCUUCGCCUGUCCGCAUGCUGCUGGGGUGGCUGGCUUGGUGUGGUCAGCGUUUCCCAAUCUAACUUAUCGUCAAGUCAAACAGGCCCUUAUAGAUGGCUGCAAGGCAAGUGUGCAUCUUACGUCACUUGCUGAAUGCGGAGGAAUCCUUGAUGCCCACAAAUCUUUGUACAUUGCCGUUGCUCCAAUACCCGCCGGAUCUACAACGCAAGAAGGGGUCCAUCAGCAAGCUGAUCUCGAAACGGUAUCCAGGGGAUCCCUACUGCCUGAUGUGGCUAGAGGCAUUGUGUCUUCUUUAUCGGGCCAGCCACCCUUUAUUUCAGUUCGUACAAUGUCGCACGAGAGUGUAGGCGACUUCAUACCUGCAAGUCCUCCGAAUGAGGAUAGCUACCGCCACACACGCGAGCACGUAGCCGGCUACCUAGAGAAGGGAACAGAACUACAGGCGCAUCCGCCAUACUUCGUCCCCGACAAGAGACACGAGCCGCUCGCAGAAUCCCGUCAAGCUAAAUUGAACACCCCUUUGCUUCAGAUGUCGGCGGUCAAUGCAGUAGACAGGCCGGCUGAUUCAGAGCAACACGAAACCUCGACGCCAAACAGGUUUGAUGGUGUAUCGGCGUCAAGGUGGGAUCCCUCGCAAUCGUCCGGCUCAGUUAAUGCCCAUGACACAACCAAGCUUAGUGUUCCCAUAAGUGAUGGAGAACCGGCUCCGUAUCUGGAUGAAGAAACCUGGCGAGCUGAGCCGCCUCAGUCCUUUUCUUUGUUCAAUGAAAAGUUCCUGCCCCAGGAUAGAACAGCUACGGCUAUCUCCUUCAAAGAUGACGUAGGAGGAGACAGCCGGAACGUAGGCCCGCGCGGGCAAGCUACCGGGCCAGACUCAAAAAAUUCAAACACAGGUGAAAACGAAGAGCAUUCUCCACAAGGGAACCCGGGUGGGAAGAAACCCGAGGGCAUCUACAGUCGCGCCAGCCCAGAAAGGGAAGGCGCAAGGAGUGCAACUGUGCAAGAGAAUGCGGCUUCGAGCCGCCUGACGGCAAGGAAAAGUAGCACCUUACAAGCGUUUUUUCUGCAAGAUGGAUUUUCUCCCCUGCUCCUCCUCGGAAGAGACCUGCUAACGUUUGGCGGUCUGCUGACGACGGCGCCUCCUCGUACAAACUGA